AUGUCCACCCUCGAAUCUCUCCGCUCCCUCGUCGCCAACGGCGUCGCCAAACGAUUCGACCUACGUGCGUGGUCAUCCACGUCCGCCUGCGAUGUCGGCACGUCCGCGGUAGAUCGUCUCGAGCACGUUUUCAGCCAAGCGCGUCCCGACGCGUUGAAGCUCAUGGUGAUGGAAUCGCUUCAAGGCACCGCUCAAGCGGACGCGGACGUGAGCGUGUACGGCGAAACCGUGGUUCGACCUUUUGUAGACUUUCUCACGAAGCGGUGUCGCGAUCUGGCGCUCGAGCGAGGGAAAGCGCGCGUGGGAGGCGACGCGGCGACGACCGGGACGCUUCGGUUUCACGACUUGGGCAGCGGCGCCGGCAAAUCCGUGCUCACCGCGGCGCUGUGUUCACACUUUAGCGAGUGUCGUGGCAUCGAGUUGUUGCCGUGCUUACACGCGGUGGCGCGGUGUCUCGUCGAGGACUUUCAUCGAGACGUCGCGCCGAGGGACGACGGGUCGACUCCGCGCGCGAGCGUCGAGCUCGGAGACGUGUUCGAAAACGAUUCCUGGCUCGCGUCCGACGUCGUUUUCUGCAACUGCGUCACAUGGGACGACGUGACGAUGACCAGACUCGCCGCCAUGGCGGAGAACAUGUCUCCCGGGUCGCUCUUCGUCACCGUCUUGGCGCCGCUCGAGAGCGCGUCGUUCGAAGUCGUCGCCGAGGACGAAAUAGACUUCUCCUGGGGCACCGUCGAGGCCAUCGUGCAUCGUAGAAGAUAG